AUGGCCAAAUUAAAUAUAGGAAUCUUACCGGCAAGCAGCAUCGCCAUGCCUCAACGCCAUGUCGCUGUUGGUAGAGGUCGUCAAGUCGGUGGAAGCAGCGAGCUGCAGAGUCGUUGGGGCGUCCGCAGACAGCAAGCUUGCCUAGACCUGUCCGGAUUCAGUAGUCGUAGGGGCCAACGUUGCGGCCAGUGGUACGAGGCCCCCAGCUGGCGGGGCCGUUGCUGUGACCGGCGCUCUUCGGACCACCGGGUCCCCGCUGUUGCGGAGGGCCCCAAUGCUGCGAAAGAUCCCACUGCUGGAACUGCUGAUUUGGUGCUGUGCUCCCUCCCCACCAUCAGGGCCAGUACCACCUCCUAUGCUGCCUCCUCCAGGCACACUAGUACCGCCACCACCUCCGCCACCCCCAUCUCCACCACCGCCGCCACCACCGCCACCACCACCCCCCCCCCCCUCUCUUACCUCCCUUGCCUCGUUUUUGUCCACCAGUGGCAGAAACAGCUGCAAUCUUUUCAGAAAUAG